AUGUCCCUUAGACAAGAAAGAGCGUGCAUGUUGUGUGGGGUCAUCAGAACCCAACAGCAGUUUCUCAGAGAAGGCUGUCCCAACUGCGAGGCCGAGCUAAGUUUUGCAGGCGAGGACACCACCAACGUUAUCGAAUGUACUUCACCAUCUUUCGAAGGGAUCGUUGCCCUUGGGGAAGCCGAGCAGAGUUGGGUGGCCAAAUGGUUGAGAAUUGAUAAUUUCCAACCAGGGUUGUACGCCGUCAAGGUCAGUGGGAAGUUGCCACCCGACGUGGUGAAUGAUUUGGAAGCCAAGGGAAUCCAUUAUCGUCCAAGAGAUGGCAGUGUGACCGAUUGA